CCCCCUGACUUCCUGAGCCCCGGGCGGGCAGCAGCAGCGCGCUGAGGUCGAGGGGAGGAGAGAAGCAUGGCCGCCUUCCUCAGGAGCUGGCGGAGCGUCCUGCAGCGCAGCCGCGGCACAGGCGGCCAGCCCGGCCCGGUAUCCCGCAGAUGGAUGGCCUCUAAGACACCGGUGGGUUUCGUUGGUCUGGGGAACAUGGGAACGCCCAUGGCCAGAAACUUACUGAAGAACGGAUAUCCCAUAAUCGCCACCGACGCUUUCCCCGAGUCCCGUAAAGAACUACUGGACUCAGGAGCUCAGAUUCUGGAUUCUCCAGCUGAUGUAGCAGAAAAAGCCGACCGCAUCAUCACCAUGCUUCCAUCUAGUCCUAACGUCAUCGAGGUCUACACCGGACCCAACGGCAUCCUCAAGAAGGUGAAGAAGGGAACGCUGCUGAUCGACUCCAGCACUAUAGAUCCUGCUGUAUCGAGGGAAAUGGCGGCGGCAGCAGAGAAGAUGGGCGCUGUGUUCAUGGACGCUCCGGUUUCAGGAGGUGUUGGCGCUGCCAGUCUGGCUAAACUCACCUUCAUGGUGGGUGGAGUGGAGGAGGAGUUUAACGCUGCUCAGGAGCUGCUCACCUGUAUGGGAGCUAAUGUUCUGUACUGCGGCCAAGUAGGAGCUGGCCAGGCUGCAAAGAUCUGCAACAACAUGCUGCUUGCUAUUGGAAUGAUCGGCACGGCGGAAACCAUGAACCUCGGAAUCAGGCUGGGUCUGGACCCCAAGCUGCUGACUGAGAUUCUGAACAUGAGCUCGGGUCGGUGCUGGUCCAGCGCCUCCUAUAACCCCGUCCCCGGAGUGAUGGAAGGAGUACCGUCUGCCAACAACUACCAGGGAGGCUUUAGCACCACGCUAAUGGCUAAGGACCUUGGUUUCGCCCAGAACUCUGCAACCAGCACUCGGACUCCGGCUCCUCUCGGAUCCCUGGCUCACCAGAUCUUCCGCACCAUGUGUGCUCGCGGCUACGCUAACAAAGACUUUUCCUCCGUGUUCCAGUUCCUGCGUGAGGAGGAGGAGCAGUAGAUCCGGGCCCUCUGAUUGGUGGAUGGGCCUCGUGGUGGGAAAGGGAGUAGUCGUCGUUGUGGUUGACCAGUUUAGUGUUGAUACGCGUUUCUACGUCCAAAAGGGAAAGUUUGGUUAAAGGUGUUUCUGUGCAUUGUGUAGUAGCCUUACGAUGAUGAUGAUGAUGAUGAUUAUGAUGAAGAUUAUGAAGAUUUAAAGGCUCUCCCCCACCUCUGAUCCUCUGCAUUUAGACCUGAUCCUGAACCUGUGAGUUAAACCGAUAAACCAGUGAUGACGAUGAUGAUGUCGGCCAUUCUGAUUGGCCAGUUUUGUCCUUUACUCACCUGUAUAAGUUUACAAUCUGUUCAUUCUCAUUGGAGGAAGCCACCAAACUCCGCCCCCAUUGGACAGAUCCUCUGAGCCAUAAGUAGUGACUCCUUUUUAUCUGUGAAAUAUACCUCAGGCUGAUUCAGCAGAAAUCUGCAUGUGUUACAUUUACAGGAUUAUGCAUGUUAAACACAUCUCUGCUGUGUUUAAUACAACAGAAUAAUGCAA